AUGAAUUUUGUUGGGAGCUAUUCUAGUUUCAUCUCUCUUCUUCUUUUGGCAUAUGCAAUAUUGAGUUCAUCAUCAGAUGGCAAUAAUCUUGAAGAUUUUCUUCACUGUAUUUCUCUUCAUUCUUCAACCAAUGACUCAAAUUCGAUCCUUAUUCACACCCCAUCCUCCCCCUCCUACUCUUCUAUUCUAAAUUUCAACAUUCGCAACCCCAGAUUCUGGGGAUCCGAUACCCAUAAACCAGUCGCCAUCAUCACCCCAUCACAAGCCUCCCACGUCCAAGCAUCAGUUAUUUGCUGCAAAAAUCACGGCUUCCAAAUCCGAACACGCAGCGGCGGCCACGACUUCGAGGGUCUUUCUUACGUUUCCAGUGUCCCAUUUGUGUUGAUUGAUUUGAUCAAUCUUAACUCAGUUACCGUCGACACCAAAGACAGUACUGCCUGGGUUCAAUCCGGAGCAACCAUCGGCGAACUCUAUUACAGAAUCGGCGAGAAAACCAAAACUCUUGGUUUUCCUGGUGCGGUGGUGCCAAAUGUGGGAGUUGGUGGGUUCUUAAGCGGCGGCGGGUUCGGGCCAAUGGUUAGAAAAUAUGGUCUUGCGGCAGAUAAUGUGGUGGAUGCUUACUUUGUGGAUGCAAAUGGAAAGCUUCACGAUAGAAAAUCCAUGGGGGAUGAUUUGUUUUGGGCCAUUAGAGGCGGUGGAGGAGGGAGCUUUGGGAUCGUUUUGGCGUGGAAGUUAAAGUUGGUUCCAGUUCCUGCCAUUGUUACGUGCAUUGCUAUUAACAAAACUUGGGACCAAAGCGUGGCCAAGUUAGUCCAUCAAUGGCAAUACGUUGCACCAGAGGCAGAUGAAAAUCUGUUCAUAAGCGUCACAGUGACAGCACGGAAUUCAAGCGAAGGAGGCGGAAGAAUGAUGAGAGCUUUAUUCUUCUCCUUGUUUCUGGGAAAGGCCGAGGAGCUUCUUUACAUCAUGGAGAAGAGCUUCCCUGAAUUGGGGUUGAAAAAGGAAGAUUGUAUCGAAACGAGUUGGAUUGAAUCAACUGCAAUUUUAUCAAUUGCAAGUGGGUUUGUUUCUGGAGAACUUUCGGAAGUUUUGGUCAAAAAACCCCCACUUAACAGCAGACGAUACAAAGUGAAGUCCGAUUUUGCAACAGAACCCAUCCCAGAAACUGCCAUGGAAGGCAUAUGGGAAAGGUUCAAAAUUAUUGGAGGAAUAGAAACAGUGAAACUCAUACUGAACCCUCACGGAGGGAAAAUGAACGAGAUUUCUGAAACAAAAACUCCCUCCCCAUAUCGAGCUGGGUAUCCCAUCAAAAUCUUCUACUACGUUUUAUGGGAACAACCGGAUGCUGAUGCAAGACAUUUGGGAUGGACACGAGAGCUUUACAAUUAUAUGACUCCUUUUGUGUCAAAAUCACCGAGAGCGGUGUAUGCAAAUUGUAGAGAUCUCGACAUCGGAAGAAAUAACGAGGAGGGAAUUUCAACGAGCUAUGAGGAAGCAAGCGUUUGGGGGUUGAAAUAUUUUGGGAAUAAUUUUGAAAAGUUGGUAGAAGUGAAGACUAAGGUGGAUCCCUUAAACUUCUUCUUCCAUGAGCAAAGCAUACCACCAGCAGCACGUAGAGGAAUCCAAGCAAAGGUAUCUUUAUGCCCGGAUGUGUUUGAUCUCUAGACAAAAAUAAAUUGCCUUGGGACAAUAAUGUAAUUUCACU